AUGAAGCAAGAAUACUCCGAAAACAAACAGCAAGUCCUCAGUCUCAAAUACCAACCCACAAGCACAAAUAACUAUCGCAAUCAAUUACUUUGGCAACCUCAAACUGAUAAUCUCAAUAGCACCUUAAUGUUGGCCCAAAGAAUAUUCAGAGAGUAUAAGUAAAGUAUUUAUUGGAUCAAUUGAACCCGUAGAUAAGUUCCAAGUCAGAAAGGUCUCCGCAAUUCAACAACAAUAAAAAGAAAAGGAACCAGAACAAAAAAAGCAAAAGACAACCAUCAUGGACUCCAAAAGAUUUCACAUGUACAACCACCCUAAAAACAACAGGGUCAAACAACUCAACUCCACUGCCAACAAUUCCUUCUAUUCCAAGAAGAGCACAGAAAAAUAUUAAUAAUCCCCCAUCAAACCUAAGACUGCCUCCUCGAUUUCAAGGGCUAAACGCAUGCUUCCCUAAUAAAUCUCCAUUUCACCCAUUGACAGUGUCGGCCCAUUGGUUUCUGCGCAAAGUUGGUGCAUCAUUAAUGGGAAGAAUGGACAAUUGAUGAGCGGCCAAAAUCACUAUAAAAGCAGACAAAUGGCUUCAAUCACUAAAAUCAUGACAUGUUGGCUUGCACUUAAACUCACACAGCAAUUUCACUUGGACCUUGAUAACACCUAUUUCACAGUGCCAGAAAAAGUAGUUCAUAGCUUAAAUAUAGGCAGAAAGGAUUGGAGGCACUACAGCUCAACUCUAAAGCGGUGAUAAACUCAGCAUUAGAGAUCUGCUCUAUGGGUUGAUGUUACCAUCUGGUAAUGAUGCAGCAAUCUCCUUACAACACAAUUUUGAACUUUAUAAAGGUUGCGACUUUAUUUAACAAAUGAAUCAAAGUGCCUAAGACAUCGGAAUGGAAAUGACCUCCUAUUCUAAUCCACAUGGUAUUAUUAUUCAUGUAUCCAAAAGGUUUGUAUCACGAAGACAAUUACUCCUCUGCAUAUGAUAUUGGCGUCUUAACUUAUAAUGCCAUGUAAAACCUACAGUUCGCUAGCAUUGUCAAGACCAAAAUCUAUUUUAGUGAAAUCGAAGACAAAUUUGGAGAGUCUAAGGAAAUCUUUUGGGAAAACACCAAUAAAAUGCUAUAUCAGGGAUUCAGAGGAGUUAAGACAGGCAUAACAAAAGAGGCUGGCCCAUGUGUUGUAGAGUAUUUUGAGGACAACCAAAAUUCCUACAUUAUAGUACUCCUAAAUUGCAGAUCGGUGGAUCAAAGAUGGCAAGAUACCAUCAAAUUAUUGGAUUGGAUACGAUAAUGA